AUGUUGGGAGUCUGGGACCUGGUACAAGGAUGGGGCUGUUUGGGGGUCCUUGGGACAGACAAGAACGAGGAAUACGCCGAGGGCGAGGGCCACAAUGCUCCGGAGGAGGAGGAGGUCAAGGUGCAAGGGGAGUCAGGCAGGAAGGCAAGCAGGCCCUGCCUGCUUGCCUUCCUACUGCUGCGAGGAGGUCCUGUGCACCGCGCGGGCGGCCAUGCCGAGUGUUGUCUCUGUGGUAGCUAUUCUAUGCUUUACUAUAGUUGGAUCCAUGGUCGGAUGGUCAUGGAUGAUUGA